AGUCAAGCACGCGACAGCGGCGGGCGAACGCCGCGCUACCCUCUCCGCGGCUCACGGUAACUACCCACUGAAAAAACCGGUAAACUGCCCAAACUGUGAGAUAAACCUGUGUUAAAAAAAUGCCCAAAAAUUAACUGUGAGUGCCCCAGUGUCUUUGCCGCCUGUUGCGCCCCACUGCCGCCUUCUCUUGGCUACAUUCAACUUCCAAGGCCGCGCCUUUGUGGCCUCAUCGAUAAUUUUGGGGUGGUUCGGGGAGGACUGUGAAUAUGACCUAGCACCCCAUGACUGCGGCACACCCCUCUCCUCCACGCCACACGCGCUCGCCAACCUGACACGUUCUGAAACACUCGUAAACCAGUAUGGUUUGGCGUUGGCUGCUGGUAUGCUGCGUGGCGCUGUGCGCGCGGCCCGCGUACCCGCAGGGCGCGCAGCAGUGCCCGGCGGCCAACACCAUGACCCCCUGCUCGUGUACCGUCAAGAAGAACGGCCUGGACAUACUUUGCGAGUUCACCGAGCAGCAGCAUAUACAAAAGGCUAUGAACACGCUUCGCUCCAAGCCAAUGAUAAUUUUCUACCUAAAGUUGAGACACAACAACCUGGCGAAGCUUCCGUCUUACAUUUUCCUGGGCUUGGACAUCCGUCACUUGACAGUGCACAACAGUAGCCUGGCUGUCAUAGAGGACUCUUCAUUAAGUUCAAUUGGUAACAAGCUAACACAGUUGGACGUGUCGCAGAACAGCCUCGCUACGAUACCAACAUCCUCAUUCGCGCAUCUUAACCAUCUGCUUAUCCUCAACAUGAACCAUAAUAAGGUGACAGCGGUUCACAAUAGAGCCUUCGUGGGCCUAGAUACGCUGGAGAUCUUGACGCUCUACGAGAACAGGAUCUCUGUGGUUGACGGCGAGGCGUUUAAAGGCCUUGAGAAGAAGCUGAAGAGAUUGAACCUCGGUGGGAACGAGUUAACGGCGGUGCCGCAAAAGGCGCUCGCGCUCCUCGAGAACAUGAAGAAACUGGAAAUGCAGGAAAACCGCAUCACUUCUAUCUCGGAAGGAGAUUUUGCAGGCAUGCGGAACCUGGACUCGCUGGGGCUGGCGCACAACCAGCUGCGCGAGGUGCCGGCACAGGUGUUCUCACACCUCUCGCUGCUCAACUCGCUGGAGCUCGAGGGCAACCUCAUCCAGAGGAUCGACGAGAAAGCCUUCUCGGGGCUUGAAGAGAACCUGCAAUACCUGCGGCUGGGCGACAACCGCCUGCACGAGAUCCCGUCCGAGGCGCUGCGGCCGCUGCACCGGCUGCGCCACCUGGACCUGCGCUCCAACAACAUCACGUACAUCGGCGAGGACGCCUUCACCGGUUACGGUGACUCCAUCACAUUCCUCAACCUGCAGAAAAAUAUGGUCCACCAGCUGCCGACAAUGGGCUUUGACAACCUCAACUCGCUGGAGACGCUCAACCUGCAGAACAACAAGCUGCAGCAUAUCCCCGAGGAGAUCAUGGAACCCAUCCUGGACACGCUGCGAGUUGUCGACAUUAUGGACAACCCGCUGAUUUGUGACUGCGAGUUGGCCUGGUACGAGGCGUGGCUGGCAGGGCUGCGCGACCGCGACGACGAGAUGAUGCAGAAGAAACGUACCGUCUGCACUAUGGUCAGCGAGCACCGCGAGUACAGCGUCGCCAAGAUGCCCCUCGAAAAGAUGAAUUGCAAGAGGAAACCUGCCUACGACCGCCCCAAUAGCGCACUCCGCUGUGGCAUCUCCGUCACUAACCUCCUCCUCGCAAUCGUCACCAGGUGGCUCUACUAAACGUAAAUAUACACUCUUAAGUUAACCCUUUUAAGUUUCAGCCAAGGCUGCCUUCAAGCUAGCUGUGGCCGGAUAGCUCGAAGUCCCCCUUCGCUUUAUACUUGGUUCGAUAUUUAGUAACGUGAUGAAUUUGUGCGAAAACUCGAUACAUAUCAAUUUGGGCUGAUAAAUUAGUAUUUUGGAGCGGUAGCUUGUGAUAGUAAAGGUUUUAAAGAGUUAAAAGUAAGUGUGAUACUGUGAGUAUUUUUACAUUUUAGAAGACCUCUUACGGCAUGCCUUACUAAUCAGUAAUGUAACAACCAAAGCGUAGUAGUAUAUUAUCGACUACAGUUCGGCAUUUUAUUAGUAUCACUGGAGACGUGCUUCAUUCUUAAAAAGAUGCGUCGCUCGACGCAUCACAUA